CCAUCUUGAUUAAGGACUCACCUGUGAACACUCUGCACCUUUAAGGACUCACCUGUGAACUCUCUGCACCUUUAAGGACUGACCUGUGAACACUCUGCACCUUUAAGGUCUCACCUGUGAACAGGAGUCAGCUGACUGAUGACAUCACACUGUGACAUCAUCAGCGAUGGAUCAAAUCACCUUCCAUCAUGACACCGUGCUGUCAGACGUUCACCUGCUGCUGCCCAACACACGCCACCUGAUGACCCGCCUCAACACCGUCGGACAGCCAGUGUUUGUGUCUAAAUUUAAGAUCCUGUCAGACGGAGAGAGGAGAGACGAGGAGAGAAGAGAUGGAGGAGACAGAGGAGGAGACAGAGGAGGAGGAGGAGACGGAGGAGGAGACGGAGGAGUAGGAGGAGACAGAGAAGGAGACAGAGGAGGAGACAGAGGAGGAGACAGAGAAGGAGACAGAGAAGGAGACAGAGGAGGAGACAGAGGAGGAGGAGCAGUGGAGACUCUUCUGGAUGAAGAUGGAGAUCUGGACGUCACUCAUCGACGGAGGAGAGAGAGUUCAAAGACGAUCAGAAAGCUCGUUUGUGCCGUCAUCCUCAAACACUCUGACUCUGUGAUCCCUGAAGAAGACGACGAGGACGAGUGUUUGAACGACUUCAUAAAGAUCGAGCACACGAUGGCCACUCGUCUGGAGGACGUUGGAAAACAGGUGUGGAGGGGGGCGUUUCUCCUAGCUGACUUUAUCCUCUCUGACCCGCUCCUCUUCACAGGAAGUACCGUCCUGGACCUGGGGGCGGGAACAGGAUUAACAAGCAUCGUCAUGGCCACCACCGCCAAAACCGUCUACUGUACAGAUGUCGGAGACGACCUUCUGAGCAUGUGUGAGAGAAACGUGACGAUAAACAGACACCUGGUGGAGCCCACAGGUGGCGAGGUGAGAGUGAGACGACUUGAUUGGCUCCAAACAGACCUCUGUACAGACUGUGAGGAGGAGUUUAGCUGGACUGAGGAGGAGGUGUCUCAUCUGUACGAUGACACGUGCUUCAUUAUGGCUGCAGACGUGUGCUAUGAUGAUGAUCUGACAGACGGACUCUUCAGGACUCUCUACAGACUCUGCAGCACCUUCAACCACACCUGCACCAUCUUCAUCUCCAUGGAGAAAAGACUGAACUUCACCCUCAGACACAUGGACGUGUCAUGUGAGGCGUACGAUCACUUCAGACGGCGUCUCUCUGAACUGAACGACCUUCAGGACGGACACUGCAGCUUCACUGUCACUCAACUUCAGACAAACUUCAACCAGUUUCUGAUCUACGAACGCAUCCAGCAGCUGGAGCUGUGGAAGGUGACGUCCUCUCCUCUACAUCAUCAGACCGGCUCUGAACCGGAUCGGCCCCAAGCAGCGACCUCCUCUGUUAAAAUAUGAAGCUGAUGCUGAAGUGUAUAAAAUCCUGCAGUUCCUGGAGUGUCCAACACACUGUACGGGGGG